AUGAAAGAUGGAGGUGGUGACAUAUUGCGGUUUUUGUUGGUUGAUGAUCAUGGUGGAAAAAUACCUGCAGAGGUAAGCCAGGACGAUGGUCUGUACGAACAUUUCGAUUAUUUGUUGCACGAGGAACAUUGGAAAAUCAUCACUGGGUUCACCGUCCAGUUGUCACCUCCUGGUUUUCGAUUUGCACAGAAUCACCAUAGCAUCACUUUCACAGAGAAUACGGAUCUACAAAGUUCAGGAGGUAUUAUUAGAGAUCAUUACAUGAAUUUCAAGGACUACAUAGGCGUAAUGAAUGGAGUCUAUAACUCAGAAUUAUCCACUUGUGGCUUAAAAAAUGUUAAAGACCACACCUUCACGCUAGGUAAUGACAAGAAAACUUCGAGAGUUAAGUUCUGGAUCAAGAAUUUAGGUGGUGACACCUUGGAAUGCAAAGCAUAUGGAGUCUUGGCGAUCCAACUUUACGACAAAUGGUGGAGGCACGGUGGAAACGAAACCUUCAUCACAAUGAGUGACUUGAAACUUUACACGGACAGAAGAACAAACGAGAUCAAGAUCAAGGAUGUUGGCGGAUUAUCUAGAUUUCAGUUCACUGCUCCUUACCAGGACGUUUAUGAAUUCAGCUCUGCAUAUUUUGGAAGCAGUGAUGGCUCGGUCGAUGAGUUGAUUGAUCUCUCUCCCUGA